GAUCGUCCUGUGCUAUGGCGCUGUUGAUGAAACGAUUCCAACCAGAAUCGAUGAGGAAAGUACCGUGGGUGUUGCCGUAUAUCUCUGUCGCUACUGGGGGAACUGCCAACCUCUAUUUUACGCGACGAUCUGAGCUCCAAAAUGGCACACCUAUUCUGGAUCCGGAUACUAAUGAGCAGCUAGGAGUGUCGAAGAAGGCUGGGCAGAUUGCCUUUAUGAAAACUUGGAUAUCAAGGUUUAUCGUUGAAGCCAUGUGGUUUGGCGACCUGCGUCGUCAUCGUCGCGGUGCGAUAUCGUUGGAGGCAUUCUUGGUCAUCCUCUCCCUCACGUUCGCGUUACCGGCGUGUGUGGCGUUGUACCCGCAGAAAAUGGAGGUAUCUGUUGCUUCGCUAGAGCCGGAGUUCCUCGCACUACGUAAUCGUCAUGGUGGUAGAAUGUCUCAUGUGAUGGUUAAUAAAGGUCUGUAG